AUGUCGUCUCGUCAGCGCUGCUUCCUGAUUCCCAUGCUCUUUGUAGCAACGCUAGCAUCGGCGGCCGCGGCGGUGGUGGUUAGAGCGAAGCUUGACGAUGAUCACGAGGAGAAAUCAUCCAUCUACCUCGUGCUGGUGCACGGCGAGACCUUAGCCGCUGCUCUCCAACGAAAAGGAGAAGUUGAUCGGAAUGCGACGUGGUACCAGGCACAGAAGAGGCGUGUGGCGCAGCUCCACGAUCGCGUUCUCCGGCGCGCCAUGGACGGCGGCGGCAACGAAUCGUUCUACUGCCGCAAGCUCUACAGCUUCCACCACGCCAUCAACGGCUUCGCUGUCCACACGACCGCCUUGCUGGCCGAGAGGCUGAGUGCAGCGCCGGAGGUGGCGGCGGUCGAGGAGGACCUGGGGACACGGAUCAUGACCACGUACACGCCGCGGCUCCUCGGGCUGCCCGAAGGCUUGUGGCGGCGCCGGGACGGCGAAGGGGACGACGGGGACGGGGUGGUGGUCGGGGUCGUCGACACGGGCAUCGACCCCGCGCACCCAAGCUUCGCGUACGUACCACAGUGGCGGGCCGACCGGCCGAACGACGAUUGCGAGCGUCGGCGUGGAGCGUGGCCGUUCGCCGGGGGCGCUUGCAGCGUUGGGCCUAGGUUCCCGCCUGGCUCGUGCAACGGCAAGAUCGUCACAGCGAGGUACUUUGCCGCCGGCGCGGCGGCAGUGCUUCCGCUCGACGCCUCGCGCGACCUGUCGCCGUUCGACGCCGAAGGACAUGGCAGCCAUGUUGCUUCGAUUGCGGCGGGGAACCGAGGAGUACCAGUGGUCGUCGGCGGAGCAAUGUACGGCUACGCCAGCGGCAUGGCGCCGGGUGCAAGGUUAGCUGUGUACAAAGCUGUAUACCCUGCAGGUGGAACAAUGGCUGAUCUCAUUUCUGCCAUAGAUCAAGCAACACAGGACAAGGUGGACGUGCUAGUAUUGUCCGUCGGUCCAGAUGCGCGUCCCACCAGCAAAGUCACGUUCCUCAGCAUGCUGGAAGUUGCUCUGCUGUCCGCGAGUAAAGCCGGCGUGUUUGUCGCUCAGGCCGCCGGCAACCAAGGGCCAGCCGAGUUCUCCCUCGUCUCCUACAGCCCGUGGGUCAUGACAGUCGCCGCCGGCACCACUGGCUGGAGCUACACAGCGCGGCUGGUCCUCGGCGAUGGUCGCCACAUUCCGGGACUUGGCUUAUCAGCGCCAACGCUCCAUUACAGGCUCGUCGCGGCCAAGGACGCCGCGGCGCCGGACUCCGCCUCCAUGGGACGCGCGGAGGAAUGCCAGGACGCAGAGACGCUUCGCUGGCGUGCCGACGUGCUGCGUGGCAGCAUUGUCGUCUGCUCGUUCUCGCAAGGGUUCUACAACGGCACAUCGACGGUGACUGCCAUCCUCGACGUGGCCGAAGCUCUCGGGUUCGCCGGCUUCGUCCUUUUGGCCAACCUGCAGUACGGAGACUUCGUCGCGCAGCCGCUGCCUUUCCGCGUUCCGGGGGUCAUGGUCCCCCGAGUCGACAACGCCGAGGUGAUAUGGUCGUACUACGCGGAGCACACGGUGUACGCGGGCAGCGCAACCGUGUUCGGCGCGACCGCGGCGAUCAAUGAAGGAAGAGUCGCCACGUUCACGGACGCGGCACCGGUGGUGGCGCGGUACUCGUCCCGAGGACCGGACGUCGCCAACGCGGAGUCGACACCAGCGGACGUGCUCAAGCCGGACAUCCUCGCCCCCGGCAACCAGAUAUGGGCGGCCUGGAGCGCUCUAAGCACAAACGAGCCGAUACUCGCCGGCAACCAUUUCGCAAUGAUCUCAGGCACCAGCAUGGCCGCACCACACGUCGGCGGCGUCGCGGCGCUCAUCAAGCAGAGGCAUCCGUCAUUGAGGCCGUCGGCCAUCGCCUCCGCGCUGUCGACCACCGCGCGGAGGCAUGACGACCGCGAGGGGCAGAUCAUGGCGGAGGGCUUCGAGCUCGGCUCGUUGCACCCCGCGACGCCGUUCGACUGCGGCUCCGGGUCCGUCAACCCCGCCGCCGCACUCGACCCCGGGUUGGUCAUCGCACCGGAGCCCGACGACUACAUCAGCUUCCUGUGUUCGUUGCCUCAGCUCAGCCCUGAAGACGUCCGUGCCGCCACCGGAGCAGCUUGCCAGGCGCCGCUAGCUUUUCCGGCGGAUCUCAACCUACCGUCCGUCACCGUCUCCGCCCUGCGGGGCUACCUGUUCGUCCGGCGCAGGGUGACGAACGUGGGGAGCAACACCGAGACGUACCUCUGCUCUGCGCUGCCGCCGGCAGGCGUGGAUGUCACCGUUCGACCAGGGUGGUUCGAGGUGGCGCCCGGUGGAACGCAGGAGGUGGUGAUCGAGCUCAGAGUGACCAAUGCGUCAGGGGCGUUCAGCUUCGGUGAGAUUGUUCUUACCGGGAGCUUGGAUCACCUGGUGAGGCUGCCACUCGCCGUGCGGUCUCUUGGGACGACAUGACAGAAAUGUAGCCGUUCAGGUGGGCUGUCGAGGUAAAUCAGGCUCUAAGAAUCGUGGACCGAUGAAAAAUGUAAA